AGAGACGCCACUUCCACCACGACGCCCGAAGCCCAACCUUUUAAUGAUUUUCUACCGCCUUUGAGAUUGCACGACGGUCGUUCGCCUCUGCUUCUUCCUGCACCGGCACUCCAACUUCGCAUCGUCCUAGUCGCAAGCACGCCCCUGCUGGCCGCCAAUACUCGCCCGAGAUCGGUUAGUUCGAUUGAUGCACAAGAGUCGCCCGUAUCAGCGCUUCCGAAAGAAUGCCUACGGAUUCGCCCCCGCCCAUCAGGGUCGAGUACGUCGGCACCAGAUCCCUCGAGUGGGGUGCCCGUGCUGCCAUCGUCGCCCGGCAGCGCCGAGCCCUCACAUGCUACAGCUUCUGCCCCGGCUCCGACACCAGACCUGCUGGAUUCGCAGCGCUCGGGGUCACUAGCAGAUACCUUCGAAUCGCAGUCGUCGUCGCAAGAGUCCCAGCUUCCCGAGACGGACGAGGAACUCAAGCAGCAAUUCGCCCAGUACGUCCGAGAUGAGAUUUCCAGCAUCCGAUCCGAGUAUGCCCCCACCAGCGCUGCCAAGGAGGCAAAGGCAACGCAGGCAAAGCUUGAUAUGUUUAGCAUAGGGGCUAUGAAGUCUUACAUGGAGAAGAAGGGCGUCUCGUCGGCCUUUAUAGCGCAUCUCAGGUUCGCAUAUUCGAUAUGUAUACCUAAGAUCUAAUUCAUACUCGAUACCUAGAUAAACUAGGCGGCGGGGGAUAAGGCGAAGAACUUGAAACGCAAGAGGUCGGACACGUCUAGACACACUACGCCGACGGUCGAGGAUCUUCCCACCGGAGACACCGGAGACAGGCCGGCCGUUCCAACGCAAACAAGAUCGCCCAGGCCAAAGUACCAAAGUGGUACGACGGAAGCUGUGUUCUCUCUGGCAGCACACCGGUCGACGGGGCACACAUUGUAGACGUGAGGGCCUCGGGGAUGAAUGCCCUCUCUUUCUGGGAGACGCUGGGUAUGUUUUGGCCUCUUAAGAAUGUCGAUAAGCUCGAUAUCAAAGGCCAGGAAGUACGGAACAUCCUCCCCCUCAACACGGGCGUCCAUAUCUUCUGGGAUCGGCACAGAUUCGCGCUCCGUCCCGUCGAGCACCCGACAGACCC